AUGGCAACUACUGGUACAGGCCAAGGAGGAAAUCAAAGACGACGUUUACCAAAAUUAACUGCAGCUGAACCAGUUGGUGAAAGUAGCAGUGAAACACCACGUACAGUAACUAGUGAUGAAAAUGCUCGACAACGACGACGAGCUAAACAACGAUUAACUCAUCAACAAACACCAAAUGGAAGAGAAACAGUUUCACCACCAGUAGCUAAAGAACUUCCUUUACCACCUCGAUCAAAUCAAACAGAUGAAUCUCAAACAACUAAACGUCGAAAAGCUCGACGACGCGUCAAAUCAUCAUCACAAUUACGACAAGAACCUUCACUUUUACAUGGCUUUGAAGAUGAAGUUGUUAUUGAAAGGUCUAGAAAAUCCAACGAAGCAGUUUUACCUGAUCUGUUAAUAUCAAGUGCACAUGCUGGUAGUACACCAUCAAAAAGUGCUCCAACACCUCGUAUUUAUUUUGAAGAUAGAAAAAAAUUUUCAAGUGUAAAUAAAGAAACUGCAGAAGCACGUUUAGGUAAUAGAGCAGGUCAACCACCAUUUCAAUUAGGACAUGUUGAUAAUUAUACAAUUCAACAACAAACAGCAGAAGUUUUAAAACGUUAUACAGUUCAUGUUGCUAAACAAACUCAUGCAGCUUUUCAAAAAUUUUUUCUUUUUAUACAUGGAAUUAAUUCUGGUUAUGCAUUAUGGAUAUGUGUAAUUGCAUUUGUAUUUACACAAGAAAGGGCAUUCGAUUUUUUUUAUGUUUAUCGAUCAAUUGCAUUGAUUACACAUCUUUUAUUUUAUCUUUUUCUUGCCAUAUGUAUGGUUGAUGUUUUAGAUCGAAUCGAUCCUGUCAAAUUUAAUAAAACAGUACUUUUACAAUCGAUUACUGCACAAAAUAGUGCAAUAGCUUUUAUCUUUUAUGGUAUCGCUAUGGUUGUUAAUUUAGUUAUGAUGCAAACAGAAGAUCAUUUACGUAUGACUCAAUAUACAUCAAAUACUACAAAUCAAAUAUAUUUUAAUGUUACUGAUGUAGUAAAUAAUCAAAGUACGACAUGGAAAAAUUUAACAGCAGUUCGAGCAGCAUUUAUUCUUGUUGGAUGGAUUAUUGUUAGUAUACAUGUUAAAAAUGAUCGAUUAAGAACAAUGAUUCAAGAUACAGAAGACAAAGCAUUUUAUGAAGAAUUACAAAUUGAACAACAUACUGUACCACUUGUUACUGGAAUGAAUUCUCCUUAA